AUGGACCAUGAAUCGAACUCCAAAGCAGAAUUUCUUUCUCUUGCUGAAGAGUUGCGAUUUUACAUCCUAAGCUUUCUUCCUUGCCGAGAUAUUCUUCGUUGUGCAUCUGUAUGCAAGGCCCUUCGUCAUACGUAUAUGUCCUCAUCUGAGCUCCAGUACAUCGUUGAACUCAGUGGUCAACGAUUGCUCCCUGUCCCCGACGUGGACGAUCACACACCUAUUUCCGAGCGCCUACAACUGUUGAGGGACAAAGCCCACGCAUGGUUCAAGGUCCACCUCCAUUCUUUCGAAACAGUCUCUUUAUCGAAGGAAAUGCGUUUCGCGCAGAUAAACGUCACCGAUGGCCAUCUCUACACGUGGGACGUACGUGAAGACGUAGCCGCGAUCAUUCCAAUACUACCAAAACCCUCACAACAAUCCGUCCAACGUGACCGGUGGCAACGAACAUUGAGUUCAAUAAUUUCAGUUCCACACUCAGUCAAGCUCGAUGUGUUCAUGGACCUAGCACAAAACCUGAUUGCUGUCCUGUAUUUGGUUGACGAGGCGCUCUACAUUGACCUUGGAGCCCUGGAUGGUGAUGGCAUUCACCCCCAAGCUGCUGGACGGAGACUGUCUCUUGCGAUGCCGCCUGGAUCCGAGGACUGUUCCAAUUAUUUAUGGAGUGUAAAGAUGAAGUGUUUUGGGAGGCAUAUCGCUUUGCGUUGGGGAUCUCGUUUGAAAGUCAUGUGGCUGCAGAUUUGGGACUGGCAAGAUUCAACGACGUCCAAUUGCUUCCUCAACGAUGACAACAACAUAUACCCAAAUGAAUUUUGUUUCCUUGGAAACAAUAGGUUUCUCGUUCUCGCUGACGAAUUGAAUCUCUAUUCAAUCGAGGAUAUGUCCCAGAUGCCACAAUUGCUGGCGCGUUUUUCGAUACCCAUCUCAUUGCAGUACACGAGCCUCCAUCCGGUGAAUGAUAAUGAGUAUAGUUCACAACCGCAGAUGCAAAUCCAACAAACGGUGUACAUCUCAGACCCCAAACACUGGCUACUACACAUGACCAUACACCUGGGAAAGAGUCCCGUCUUCGUCAUCUCCACGAGGGUUUUCCACGAUCUUGACGAAUUAGCAGUAGUCGACUUGAAGCCAAUACCGUGGACACGCUGGGGGCCUUCAAAUACUCGUAUUUUCGAGCGCACUUGGGCAUCUAAAGUUCAGCUUUGUGGGAAUCGAGUUUUUCGAGCAAUCCCGGUCGACACGCUAGACUCGGGCCCCUCCGGGUAUAGAUUGCAUAUGAUGGACUUCAGCCCGCUAGCUGUGACGAACAGGCGGGGUCUAGGACGAGUGGUGAAAGAGUCAUCUACGACAGAUAUCAGUGAGUUGUCUGGCAGGCCCGAGGAGAGCUUGACGACGUCCCUGCCUUACGUCGAGGUCGUAUCGGACAGGGUGUUCGAUGCUUGCUAUUUAAAUGACAUAUGGAUCGACAAUGAUAGAAUUUAUUUGGCCCAGAUGAUUCAGAACUUCGAAGGUUCAUAUUAUUCUACCCUCGAGGUCAUCGGUGUUUAG